UCACUAACAAAGCAAAGCAUAGACCUUUGUUCAGAAAGUUUCUUCCUUUUUUCCUCUGUUGUCCAAAUCCGAAGACAGGGCACUGUGAUGGAGUUAGUGCUGCAUCAACCUCAUCCAUCAGAUUGAGGAGGGCUUAUAUUUAAAACCAUAAUUCCCAUCAAGUUCUUUGCUUUGUGUGUUUGGAGAAAUAGCAUACCAUUGAGCAGCUCUAUCUAUUUUAUGUUGUUGUCUUGUUCUGUUUACUGUAUUCCCCGGAAGAUUGCUUUCAAUAGAUCUUGAUCUUCAACAAUGUCAGAGAAAAGCAUGGUUCCCUCAAGGUUUAUAUUUUGCGUGAUGCUCAUUUCUAUGUUCCUUUUGGUCCUGUCUUCCCUUUUCCUACUCCAGUUUAGCAGUCAUUCUUUGAUACCUAGAUCAGUGUUAGAGCUUAUUCUUGUCAAUAACACAUCAAUUUACUUCAUGCCCAAUUUGAAGAAGGAAGAAGUUAUACUACCUCCCUAUCCUUAUGAGGAUUUAAACUUUCAAUCACAUAAACCUAGAGAAUCUAAUUGUCUAGUUUCCAAUUCAAGCCAGAAAACAAGUUCCGUAGGACAGCAGAUGAAUAUGGCUUCUGACACAACUCGGUCUCUGUUGAAAGUAUUCAUGUAUGACUUGCCUCCAGAAUUUCACUUUGGGUUAUUGGGUUGGAAGGGAAGUGUGAAUCAAACAUGGCCAGAGGUGGAUAACCCUAAACGUAUCCCGCGCUAUCCAGGUGGACUGAACUUACAGCACAGUGUUGAAUACUGGCUCACCCUUGAUCUUCUGUCAUCAAACACUGCAAAAGUUGGCCAACCUUUCGCUGCAAUCAGAGUGCAGAACUCAAGUCAAGCAGAUGUAAUUUUUGUGCCGUUUUUCUCAUCUCUGAGUUACAAUCGGCAUUCCAAGCUUCAUGGAGAGGAAAAAGUUAAUGUUAACAAAAUGUUGCAAGACAGGUUGGUACAGUUCUUAAUGCGCCAAAAAGAAUGGCAACUUUCAGGAGGGAAGGAUCAUGUAAUUGUAGCUCACCAUCCUAAUAGCAUGCUGAAUGCAAGAAGGAAGUUGGGUUCGGCUAUGCUUGUGCUUGCAGAUUUUGGAAGGUAUCCUGUUGAAUUAGCAAAUCUCAAGAAAGAUAUAAUAGCCCCCUAUAGGCAUCUAGUAGGCACCAUACCAACAGCUAAAUCAGCUUCAUAUGAGGAUCGUUCUACACUGGUGUAUUUCCAGGGGGCAAUAUACAGGAAAGAUGGAGGAACUAUUCGCCAAGAACUGUAUUACCUCCUCAAAGAUGAGAAAGAUGUGCAUUUUACAUUUGGGAGCAUAGGAGGAAAUGGGAUUAAUCAGGCAAGCAAGGGAAUGGCCUUGUCCAAAUUCUGCUUGAACAUUGCUGGAGAUACCCCAUCCUCGAAUCGCCUCUUUGAUGCCAUAGUAAGCCACUGUGUUCCUGUGAUCAUUAGUGAUGAAAUUGAGCUACCAUUUGAAGAUGUCUUGGACUACUCAAAAUUUUCCUUGUUUGUCCGUGCCUCUGAUGCUGUAAAGAAAGGCUAUCUGCUGAAUCUCCUUCAUUCAAUCAAGCGGGAGGAGUGGACCAAGAUGUGGGAAAGAUUGAAGGAGAGUACACAUCACUUUGAGUAUCAAUAUCCAUCCCAGCCUGGGGAUGCAGUCAAUAUGAUUUGGCAGCAAGUUAAACGUAAGAUAUCUUCAUUGCAGUUCAAUGUGCACAGAAAGAACAGAUACCAGAGAUCUCAGCUUUUUCUUAAGACUAACUAAAUACUGAGAUUCUCUUGCGUAGGAAUCAGUUCACCUUGGUCACAUAGAACAUAUCAGCGGGAGAUACACAUACCUAGUUUCAUUUAUUUCCGACUAGCAAGCUUCCUACUCGCCCUUUUCAUUGUUGGUUCCCCCCCUUACCGGAUAGCUCAUCUUGUUAAUGAAAAAGAGAUUAGUUUUAUUUUUUUUAAAGUUGAAGUAUAUCACAUAAUUUGUCCUUCUCUUCUUGGCAUGAGUUUUAGGAAAAAUUGUUGAGAU